AUGAGUAUUUGUUACAUUGCAGCUAUUCCAUCGUUACCCCCGAGUCUAGAUCCAGAUCUCGGCAUGAGAAUAAAUUCCUAUGCUGAUAAUUUUGUCAGACAUGUCUAUGAAGGCGAUUUAAUGAAAUUCAGGUGUAGCGUAUAUCCCAUGGGAAAUCCUCCAAUCACGUGGACAUGGUUUUGUGGUGACGAACAGAUGAGAAAUGUAACAUUUGAAAGCUCUUAUACUUACAUGACUUUCACGGCAAAUUGGCAUCAUGACGGGAAAUCUUGUUUUUGUAGAGCGAAAUCACGUUCGACUGUUUUAUUUUACGACUACCCAUCUCGUUAUCGUUAUGUGAUGCGUGUUUAUCAUUCACCCAAGGCACGACCUAUGAUUUAUCCCUUGUCUCCUACAACUGUACAGAGUGGUGAAUACAUAAACAUAAAGUGUAAUCUCACAACAUUGGGAUAUCCACAAAUAAGCUGGAGAUGGAUCUGUGACAACAUUGCACCGCAGAAUGGAGUGGACAUAGGAACAGAGACUUACCUAGAAAUCAAAGCGACUGCACGUCACAAUAGGAAGGUUUGCAGAUGCAGAGGAAUAUCUCCCUCUAUCUAUGUAUACGACGAAGUUUCAGAUCCAGUCAUCAUCACCGUUUUCUCGACAACUGAUGUAGACUCUCAAGGCAUGAGAGAUGCAGCUAAAGCUGGUGAAGAAACUCAAUGUAUAACAGCUGCAGCAUUUGGAACAACUACUGGGUUACUGGUGGCUUUCAUCGUUGUGUUAAGCAUUGUUCUCCUGAUACAGUGUAUGAGAAGAAGAAAGGGAAACUCUUGUUCUGGUGGAAAUUCUGGGAAAAUUGAAGAUCAAAAAGAAAGUGAAAACAAAAGUCAACAAAACCCUUUGUAUGUCAAUGAUGAAUCUUACGAAGUACUUCAAGUUAACAAAGGUGGGUGA